UGUUUCAGAUUCAGUAUGGCAUUGAAUGAAAUUAUAUUCGUUGUUUCAUUCUUGUUGGCAACAUGUCGUCUAGAAACCACUCCUGCAAGGCCUAAUAUUGUUUUCAUCUUAGCAGAUGAUCUGGGAUGGAAUGACGUCGGAUACCACGGUUCCAAUCAAAUACCGACCCCAAACAUCGACGCACUGGCAUAUGCUGGCUUGAUACUGAACAAUUACUAUGUAUCAGCAAUUUGCACUCCUUCUAGAAGUGCUCUCAUGACGGGGAAACACCCCAUACACACUGGGAUGCAGCACACCGUAUUGUAUGGAGCAGAAGCCAGGGGUCUGCCGCUAUCUGAAAAACUGUUACCCCAGUAUCUCGAGGAGCUGGGGUAUGUGAAUCACAUCGUCGGUAAAUGGCAUUUGGGAUGUUACACGAAAGAUUAUACACCUUUGUACAGAGGAUUCAAGUCCCAUUUAGGUUACUGGACGGGCCACCACGACUACUACGAUCACACUGCGGUUGAAAAUCCAGGCUGGGGACUUGAUAUGAGAAGGAACUUGGAUGUAGCGUACGAUCUUCAUGGGCAAUACUCCACUGACGUUUUCACGGCAGAAUCUGUCAAGUUGAUCAACGAGCACAACAAGAGUCAGCCUUUGUUCCUCUAUCUCGCUCACGCAGCGGUACACUCUGCAAACCCGUAUACUCCUCUACCAGCAUCCGAUGAGGUGGUCGAGCAAUUUUCCUACAUCAGUGACUAUAAGAGGAGACGUUUUGCAG